AUCCACACACCUGUGAGGCACGCCCAUCUUUGUCCCUCUCGGUUUCGGAUCGGAGUGUUUGGGAAAUGGCAGCAACAACUAUUUCUAUUGAGCAGGACCAGUUCUGUUGUUCAGUGUGCCUGGAGGUUUUAAGAGACCCGGUGACUAUCCCCUGCGGACACAGCUAUUGCUUGGACUGCAUCGAAGACUACUGGAACAGGGCCAAGCAGAAAGGCCAGUACAGCUGCCCUCAGUGCAGGCAGGCGUUUAACCCCAGACCGCUGCUGAGCAGAAACACAGUCCUGGGGGAAGUGGUUGAAACCUUUCUCAAAUCUGGAGCUCAAGCUGCUGCCCGACACUUGUCCUCCAAACCCGAGGAAGUGGCAUGCAGUGUGUGCACCGUGAGGAGGAACAGAGCUGUUAAAUCCUGUCUUGUGUGUUCCGAGUCUUACUGUCCGGCUCACUCCAGAGUCCACGAAGAGAAGUUCCAUGGGAAGGCCCACAGGUUGUUCCCGGCUGUAGACCAGCUGAAAGAGAAGCUAUGCCAACAUCACGAUAAACCGCUGAGGCUGUACUGCCGCACCGACCAGCAGAGUGUGUGUUCCCAGUGUGUGAAAGAGAGACACAAGGGCCAUGACGCAGUCCCAGUGGUGGAUGCGAGAGCAACGCAACAGAAAAAACUCCAAGAAGCCUCUUUGAAGUCCGUGCAAAAAUUGAAGGACAGGGAGAAGGAGCUCAGAUAUGUUGUCAGAUAUAUCAAGCACUCCACAGAGGCAGCAGUGGAGGAGAGUGAGAGGAUUUUCUCCAAGCUGAUCCGCUACAUAGAGAAGCAGAGCAGUGAGGUGAAGGAGGUGUUGAGAGUCCAGGAGAGAGCAGCUGUCAGUCAGGCUGAGGAGCUGCUGGAGAAAAUACAGAGGGAGAUCCUCGAGCUCCGGAGGGCUGGUGCUGAGCUCGAGAGGAUUUCUCACACUGAGGACCACAUCGGCUUCCUGCAGAAGUGCAAGUCUCUUCAUUUCCCUACAAAAACUGUGGAGAUGCCCAGCACUGAUGCACUUCAAUAUAUGAUGUAUAAAACUCUGAGGGGAGCCCUGCCUGAUCUCAAAGACAGUCUGGAUGAAACACUUGAAAGAGAAUUCAACAGGAUCUCUGAUAAAGGUACAAUGCCCUUUUUAAGACUGACUAAAAUAAACUUAAUUUUAUUUUCAACAUUUCUAACUCUUUGUUUGUCUUUAUUUCUAGUCAUGUCAUUGAAGGAAACCAGCAAUAAAAGCAUGUCUGAAAAAACGAAAGCAAAAGACACUGAGAUACCAUACAACACCGAACCGAAGACAAGAGCUGAUUUUCUACAUUAUCACAACGAUAUCACCCUGGACCUGAAUACAGCCAACCCUUAUCUGAGCUUCUCUGACGGUCGAAGAGCGGUGACCACGCGUUCGGAGCCACAGCCCUACCCGGACCACCUGCAUCGCUUCACCAGCUGGGCCCAGGUGCUGUGCAGAGCUGGGAUGGCUGGACGCUGCUACUGGGAGGUAGAGUGGGCUGGUGAUGGAGGGGUUUCCAUCGGCGUCUGCUACAAAAACAUGGGCAGGAGUGGAGCAGGGAGCGACUGCAAGCUUGGACACAACUCCAAAUCCUGGAGCCUGGACUGCACCAACUCAGUCUGUUCAUUUCAGCACAACAAGGAGAGUGUGACCAUCGCCACUCCUUGCUCCAGCAGGAUAGGAGUGUUUCUGGACUUCAGUGGCGGGACCUUGUCUUUCUAUAAUGUUUCUGAUACAAUGGUUCUCCUCCAUAAGGUCAAGACUACGUUCAACCAGCCUGUUUACCCAGGUUUUUGGGUGGGUUUAAGCUCCACUUUAAGGCUGUGCUCUCUUUAAUUGUAAAGGUGAUUGCACUCUUUGACGUUUUAGAAAGUAAGCUUGUAGCUCAAAGUAUUUAUUUUUGAGACGGUGGUGUGUGCUCACAACUUAGGUAGUAGCAGCAACACUUAGUGAAUCUGCAGAGGUGUAUAUUUCAAAGUUGUUAAUGAUUUAUAUAUGGGUAUUUAUUGUGCUUGAAUCCAUUUUAUCUUAAGAGUUUUAUAUCAGAUAUUUUCUUUUAAAUCAAUAAAGCAUUUGUCAUAUGAAUCUAAA